CGAUGCCACCGAUUGUUAUCAGCAAGUCAUUUUCCACAAUGCAAACAACGCGUCACACUUGGCACAAUUAGCGAUAGUGCAUUAAUUAGUCUCAUUUCGUCAUCAACUUGCUCCGCUGCUCCGCCGGUCCUUGCUCCGGUGAUUCAUAACCGGUCGCGCACCGGAUCGCGAAAGAAAACUGUUCUGUCUAGUCAUGGUUGCCGCGAAGAUGUCUUGCACCGAUCAAUGGUCUCGUUUUUAGCUGCGGAAGGCGUGCGUUCACUGCCCCCAUGUGCAAAAUGCGUUUUUGGACUAUUACUUAUUAUUGCAGCAUCAACGACGGCCCAAAGCAACAAAACGCUGUUGCGCUUACAGUUUGGACCACAGGACACGACGAUUAUCGUGGGCCAAGCUAAGAAUGUAACGCUUCGCUUACACGGGCCCCUAUCCGAACCGGUAACUGUAAACUUCACGCAAACCAACGCCACUAACGCCAAUGCCUACGUGCAAGUGACACCCAGUACGAUCGCAUUCACUCCGCCACCUUCCAAUUUUAUCGACCGCUCGGAGCGCGUGUCAUUGCGCGGACUGCGGGCAGGCAUAUUCGAUCUGUUGGCCCAUCUCUCUCCCUCCAGCGCACUGGUCGACCAAAGCCAAGCGUUCGUGCGCGUCACGGUAGCGAAAUCGUGGAGUCUUAUCAGCGUAUCGUCCGUGAUCGGCUGGACGUACUUCCUCGCCUGGACGUGGUCAUUCUGGCCACAGAUAUGGGAAAAUCGGACCCGCGCCAGCGUAGUCGGCCUUUCGUUUGACUACCUCGCGCUGAACCUGCUGGGCCACACGAUGUAUGCCGCCUUCAACUGUGCGCUGUUUUGGAACGGUUCCGUACAGGCGGAGUACCUGCGGCGCAAUCCACGCGGCUUGAUACCGGUGCUGGCAAAUGAUGUGGCGUUUUCGCUGCAUGCCGUCUUUGCCACGGGGCUGAUCAUUGUGCAGUGCUUCUUCUACGAGCGUGGCCAACAGAAGGUGUCCUACACGGCGCGCGCCAUCAUGACCGUGUUCGCCCUGGUUGUGAUGAUAUCGGGCGUGUUGGUUGCUACCGGUACGUACCUUUGGCUGGAUUUCUUCUACAACCUUAGCUACAUUAAGCUAGCCGUUACAUUGGUCAAGUACGUACCGCAGGCCGUGCUGAACUACCGGCGCAAAAGCACGAUCGGAUGGAGCAUCGGUAAUGUGCUGCUAGACUUUACCGGUGGAUCGUUCAGCAUGCUGCAGAUGCUAGUCAACGGAUACAAUUAUGAUGAUUGGGAUUCUAUCUUCGGAGAUGGGGCAAAGUUUGGUCUGGGACUGUUUUCCGUCCUGUUCGAUGUACUCUUCAUUGUGCAGCAUUACAUAUUGUACAGAAACUCCAACUACAUUGAACUUCGCGGUGAAAACUAUCCCGGUCCGGGGAGCGUGACUACCGCUCCUAGGCAGAAUAUUUCCACUUAAACGAAUGUCCGGUGCAAUCCGCUUGCAGGAUCGGAUUGAAAUUACCAAGAACUAGCUAAUACGCUGCUAGAGAUAUUGAUAAAUUCAAAAGACUUAUUUCAUUUAAUAAAUUUUACAUUUAGAGGCCAUAUAA